AUGCAUCUCUCGAUAUCUUCAUUACUUUCAGCGCCCCUGUUCUGCGCGGCCGCGCUUGCCGUCCAAGUUAGUGACGGUGUGUCAACAGUAGCCCACGAGGCUGCCAGAGCCAGCAAUGAAUCGCUACUAUGGGGUCCUUACAAGCCGAAUUUAUACUUUGGUGUUCGUCCUCGAAUACCUAAUAGCGUUUUCGCGGGCCUGAUGUGGGCAAAGGUCGACAACUAUGCAACCGCUCAAGAAAAUUUUAGGCAUACAUGCGAACAGAACGAAGGAAUGGCAGGCUACGGCUGGGACGAGUAUGACGUUCGAAAAGGCGGCCGCGAAACAAUCCACGAUGCCGGAAACUCGCUCGACUUAACUAUCGACUUCGUUAAAGUCCCUGGCGGACAACAUGGAGGCAGCUGGGCCGCACGGGUGAAAGGUGUCCCUCGAGAUGAUGCUCUGCCUGAUCAGCCCACGACGGUGGUCUUCUACGCCGGUCUAGAGGGACUUGGCAGCUUGGGGGUUUCGACCGAGAGCGACGACCCUAGAGGAUUUGAGGGGGACGUUAAACUUGACGGGUUCACGGCUGAGCUUGGUCGAUUCUCAAUAGAUGUGACUGCGGGCCCCAAGACCAACGAGCAUCCUGCGUAUAAUCAUCCCUCAUAUGAUGACAAGCCGCUGGACAGGACCAUAGUGUCGAGUUUUCCGGUGCCGCCGGAGCACACCUGGCAGACAAAGGUGCUGCUGUUUACGCAAAUGAAAAAAGCAGUUGAUGAGGCCAUUCAGAAGUAUGGAGCGGAGAAUCCGCCACCCCCUGCCCAGGUCUUCACCGUCAACAAUUCACCAGGUGAUGGAAAUGUCCAGUUGGUACAAAAGGUUUUCUCCGGUGCUUUUGAGUUUGAUAUUCUCUUCUCCUCUGGUUCCGCGCCGGAACCUCUCACAUCGGAGAUCCUUACUGCUGAGAUCAAGAGUGCUUCACUCUCCUUCUCCGAGAGGUUCAAGAAAAUACUUUCCCCGCAGUCACCCUUUGAUUCCGCAGAUUACCUUGAAUUCUCCAAGUCCAUGCUCUCAAACCUCAUCGGUGGCAUCGGCUUCUUCCAUGGCUCAGACAUUGUUGACCGCUCAGCUGCCCCGGAGUACGAUGAAGAGAAUGAAGGUUUCUGGGAGGAAACAGAGGAAGCCAGAAGCCGGGCACAACCUGUGCUUGAAGGGCCAAAAGAUCUUUUUACUGCCGUGCCAUCUCGCCCAUUCUUCCCACGUGGUUUUCUCUGGGAUGAGGGAUUCCACUUGAUACCAAUCCUAGACUGGGACCCUGAUCUUGCACUCGAAAUUGUGAAGAGUUGGUUCAGCUUGAUGGACGAAGAUGGCUGGAUUGCGCGCGAGCAGAUUCUGGGUAACGAAGCUCGAAGCAAGGUCCCGCCUGAGUUUACAGUCCAGUCCACUCAAUACGGUGACAUCAAGUCUUACGACCGUGAGGCAUUUUCGACCAAGGAGGCGUACCGCUGGCGUGGACGGUCUGUGCAGCACAUCUUAACAUCUGGAUUGGAUGACUAUCCCCGGGCCCAACCUCCUCAUCCUGGUGAGCUUCACGUGGAUCUCAUUAGCUGGAUGGGUAUGAUGACUCGGGCGCUACGCCGCAUUGCGGAGACCCUUGGUGAAACUGAGGAUAUUGAGGAGUUUAAGGCCUACGAAACCGCCAUCGAACGAAACAUCGACGAUCUUCACUGGGACGCGGAUGCGAAGACCUACUGUGACGCCACAAUCGAUGACUACGAAGACUCUGUUCACGUCUGCCACAAGGGAUAUGUCUCAAUUGCGCCGUUUCUGACAGGCAUUGUGGGUCCGGACAGUCCUCGCUUGGAGGCUAUCUUGGAUUUGAUUGAAGACCCUGAGGAGCUUUGGUCUGACUAUGGUAUUCGAAGUCUCAGUAAGAAGGAUGAAUUUUAUGGCACUGCUGAGAAUUACUGGAGAAGCCCUGUGUGGAUUAACAUUAACUACCUUGUCCUCAAGAACCUUUACAAUAUCGCACUUACACCCGGCCCCCAGCAGAACAGGGCCCGCAAAAUGUAUUCAGGUCUCCGGAAGAACCUGGUUGAAAAUGUAUACCGGGAGUGGAAGAACACUGGCUUUGCCUGGGAGCAGUACAAUCCUGAAACCGGAAAGGGGCAGCGGACGCAGCACUUUACAGGCUGGACCAGCUUGGUGGUAAAAAUGAUGGCUAUGCCUGACCUUCCCGCCAGCGAGAAGACAGGUCAUGACGAGCUAUAAACCGCAUGUCUCGAGUCUUGUAUAGAACUGUAGCAUAGACGAAAAAACUUGCGGACUUUUGAGUCCAUGUGAACCAAGC